GCCCGGCAGCAGCCGCAUAAAGCGCGGCGGCCCCGAGCGCCGCUGCCCCCCCGCUGCUGCCCCACGGCCGCUGCCCCAUGGCUGCGCUCCGUGACCCCGGGACCCCCCCAGCCCGGCUCCUCCUGUCCCUGCUCUGCUGGGCCCUGACCUCCGGCUGCACCGGAGCCAUGGUCCUGCAGCCCCCCAGCAUCACCCUCCUGCGGCCCCCGGAGCGCCCCCCCCGGCCAGGUGAGAGCGUGACCGCGCGCUGCGAGGCGCUGAGCGCGCUCCCGGAGCUGAGCCUCCUCUAUUGGCUGGGGAACGGCUCCUUCGUGGAGCAGCUGCCGCCGGCCGGGGCCGCGCACGAGGGGCCGCUGCGGGAGGAGCCCCGCGGCGAGGGGGCGCUGCUGAGCCGGGACCUGCGCCUGGAGCCCUUCUGCGCGCGCCACGCGCGAACCAACUUCUCGUGCGUGCUGCUGAGCCCGCUGGGAGCGCGCAGCGCGGAGCUGCGCUGGGGCACUGCGCAUGCGCGGGGCUGA